AUGCAAAAACGUACCAAAGACAGCUCAGACGGAAGAAAACUCAACAAACGCUUCAAAUAUCAGCGUCAUGGCAUUGAGAGAAAUGAAACCGGCAUCUUGGUGACAGCUCCGCGUGGAAAGGAAAGAGCAUGCAUUAAUGAAAUUAUGGAUGUUUUAGAGCAGACUGUAAAUACCUUGUGGCCAAAUGCAUUCGAAGCCGCCGCUUCCAAUUCUCAGGACGGAGAAGAUCAGAAUGAAGUAGAAGAAGAUUUGGAGAAGGCAAUUGCCCGCGAACUUGAUGACAUGAAGAAAAAACCUACUGAAAAAAAAGAACUACUUACUCCUAUCAUGCUAGAUAUUCAAUGUGUGUUCUUCGUGAAAACCAGGGCCCCCAUUGAUCCAGUUAAGCUGGUCGAAAGUAUUUGUGAGCAAGGAAAGCAUAAGAAAAUGACACGGUUCACCCAGCGUUUAACUCCUAUUACGAAAACGACUGGCGCUACUUUUGAGGACUUAGAGUCGUUAGCUGAAACAAUUCUCGCACCGCAUUUUUCGGGCGAAGAGAAUGCCGGAAAGAAAUUUGCCAUUCAAGCUGAUUAUCGGAACCACAAUACGCUCCCAAAAGUUGAUGUUAUUCGUUCCGUUGCAAAAGCUGUUGGUCCCGGCCAUCACGUUGACCUAAAAAAUUAUGAUACCUUAAUUUUGGUGCAAGUGGUAAAGAACAUUAUUGGAAUGAGUGUUGUACAAAAGUAUAGAGAGCUCAAGCGGUUUAACUUGAAUGAGCUGUACCAGAUUGCGGACACCGAAGGAAACGCACAAGAGAAAAGUACAGCAAGCAAAUCAGUAGAGGACAACACAGAUGCUAAAAAGGAUGAACCAGAGAAGAAAACUGAAGAGACCGUCGAUGUUCAGAAAACAACCGAAACGGAAACUCUCUCUGCCUAA